AUGAGCUCGAACUCUCCUCAGUCGGGCCCCAAAGGACAAAGCACCGCUACCUCCGCUUCGACCCAGCCCGCAUCCUCUCAGCCGACUCCUGCGGCUACCUCUUACGCCAACGCGACCAAGAAGUCCGCGACGGACUCGACCGCCGCCUCCGCCACCGUGAGCGGCUCAGCGCAUAAUGGGCAGAGUUCUGUAUCUUCUGUGAACGGAAAACCCAUGCAUAACCCACCAUCCAACACUUCGGGUGUGACCAUCGUCAAUGGGGCUCCCACUGCUCCAGCUGCUGGUGAUCACUCUCGCAAGCCCUCUGUGACCAUCACAUCAAGUGGGACCUCCGGAUUCAUCCCUAACGGCGGCGCCCCGGCCAGUCGUCCCAACAGUCUUCAGUUUGGAUUCGCCAACCAACAAAGCUCUCCUAACAUGGGUGCCCCCGCUGUGCCUGCCUCUAGCCAGGCUCAGGCUGGUCUUGGUGCGCCUUCUACCAACCCACGUGUGACUUCUCCUCAGACUUCGCCUUCGCCUAUUCCUCAGCCCGCCUCCAGUGGUGGUCGUCCUCCUCCAUCAACUUACCAGGCACAAGGAAAUGUGCCCAACUUUGGUAGCUUUGGGGAAUCAGGUGAUGCUAAUGCUCCCAUCGCCCACGGUCCUCCUCACAUGCGUCGCGAGUCUUCUCAGUCUGCCCACAGCUCUGGCUUCCAGGGUGGCCGUGGCCGCGGAUACUCUCAGUCUGGUUACCAAGGACAGCAGAUUCCCUACUCUCCCAACCCGGGCUUCCGUCAGACCCCCAACCAACCCCGAGGUGGUCCCAACAUGGGACCUCAAUUCCACGGACCUAACCAGGGUCGUCCAAUGGGCUACCCGAACUCGCCUCACCAAGCCAACCGCAGCCCUGCCUUGGCCAAUGUUAACCCUACCACUCCCCAGAUGAACCAGCCCCCAAUGGCACACCCCCAGAUGCCCCCCCAGUCCUACGGUUACGGCCAGCACAUGGGUCCCCAAGCUGUGAGAUCCCCCCCUUCUUCUUUUCCCCGUUACCCCCAGAAUGCCCCUCGCCGCGGAAACCACAGGAAGUUCAGCAAUGUCAAACGCAAGGAACAGCAGCAAGCCCCGUUGUACUCACCCGCGUAUUCUGUGGAUCUUGCGCCUGAGAGUGGACAAUUUGAACAGUAUCUGACUAUGAUGAAAUCCCAACAGACUUACGCCGGUGGCUACGAUCCCAACUACGCUGGUUACUACAACCAGGCUGGUUACUACAUGACUCCACCUUCGCCUCAGCCCCGUGCUGCUGGCAUGCCUUACAACCCCCAGUACAUGGGCCAGCAAUACUCUGCGCCGAUGCCCCAGGCUGCUCCACUCUCGCGUACUCCUUCCCAGAUGUCUACUGAUCGCCCAGGUUCGAGCCUCGGCCAAGGAUCAGCUCCUACCGCCGCCCCCGGCCACUCUCACACUGCCAGCCGAACCUCCAAUUCUCCCGCUCCCAAGCCACACUUCAUCAUUCCCUCGGCUAAGAAGAGCCCGAUCAUCAUCAAGGACCCCAACAGCGGCUCAGUCAAGACCUUCGAAAAGAACCCCGCCUCUCCUGCUCGCGCUACUCCUUCUCCAGUGAACGCCACCGAGCACACUCGCUCCGACAGCAAGGCUUCCGCUGCCAAGACCGAUGAAGAGAAGAAGCAGGAGUUGAAGGAUGCCGUUCGUCUGAAGAUUCAGCAAGACGAGGCUGCUCAAAAGCAGCGUUUGGCUGAUGAGGCUUCUCGAAAGGCCACUGAGGCCGAGGCCACCCCUGCCAAGAAGGAUGAUACAGAGACUGCUCGUGCCGCCAUUGAGGAUCUCUCCAUCAAGGAGAAGGCUGCUCCUGCCGAGGAGCCCAAGUCUGUUGCCGCCGAAGAGCCUAAGAAGGCUGCUCCCGCCGAGGAGCCCAAGAAGGCUCCCGCUCCCGCUCCCGCCCCUGCCGACGACGACGAAAUUGACUUUGAUGCUAUUGAGCGCGAGAUGGCCGAGAUCGAGGCCAAGGAGCGUGCCGCUGAAGAAGAUUACAACCGUGUCAAGGCAGAGAAGAAGGCGGAUGCUGAACGCAAGGAACGUGAGGACCUUGCGAACUACGAAGCCAACAUGAAGAAGGCCGAGGCUGAGGCUGAAGCCCGUGAGCUUGCUCGCGAGGCUGCUCGUGCUAGUGGUGAGCCCAUGCCCAACGACAAGGAGCUGUUUGAGUCUCUCAAGAAGGGUGGACUCGGUGCCACUGAGACUUCCACUCCCGGUGACAGCGGCGCUGCCACUCCCGUCUCUGACAUGGGCCCUCCUGCCAAGCCUACCAGCGCGGCCGCCAAGAAGCCUGCUGGCCUCAAGCUUGAUACUCCCAAGCCCACUGAGCCCCUGCAGCCCACUCCCGGCAUGAAGUCUCUGCAGAACGCCAAGUUCAUUGUCGAUCUCAGCAAGAUUACUUACCCCGACUCCAUUACCCCUCCCAACGCUGCCUUGAACGAUGCCGCUCCUGAAGGCCGCAAGUUCCACUACGACCGUGACUUCUUGAUUCAGUUCCAGGCCGUUUUCAAGGACAAGAUCUCUGUCGACUGGGACAUUCGUUUGCGUGAUACUGUUGGUGACCCCAACGACUCUUCCCGCACCCCGUCCCGCACUCCCGGCAGCGCCAUGGGUAGCCGCAACAACUCAACGCGCGGCGGUAUGCCUAACCCUGCCUUCUCAAUGGGCACUUUCACCUCAGCCCCUGGUGGCCGACCUGGUCAAAUGCCUCCUAUGGGCGGCGCCAUGGGUGGUGGCCGCACCCCAUCCAACUUCAGCAGCUUUGGACGAAAUGGACUUCCUGUUGGCAACAUGCGUUCUACCGGCUCUGGUGUCAGUGCUCGCACUGGCAGUAAGGGUACUCGCAAUGAUAGCAAGGCUGGCCGCAGCAAGACCAACGGCCGCAAGGAUGAGGAGCAGAACAAGUCCAUGCCCCUCACCGCUGGUAUGGACCUUAAGGCUAUCCAAACAUCCGCAACUGGAUGGAAGCCUCGCAGUGUCGGCCAAGGCGCUGCUGGCCCUGCCCCUGGUGGCACCGAUGGCUAUUUGGCACCCGAUGUCGUGCAGCGCAAGGUCAAGGCUGCUCUUAACAAGAUGACACCCGAGAAGUUCGAUCGUAUCGCUGGCCAAAUUCUCGAGAUUGUCUCACAGUCCAAGGAUGAGACCGACGGCCGUACCCUGCGCCAGGUCAUUCAACUCACUUUCGAGAAGGCUACUGAUGAGGCUCACUGGGCUCCCAUGUACGCCAAGUUCUGCAAGAGCAUGCUUGAGAGCAUGAGUGCCGACAUCAAGGAUGAGAACAUUCGUGACCGCAACGGCACCGUUGUUGCUGGUGGCAGCUUGUUCCGCAAGUACUUGCUCAACCGUUGUCAAGAAGAGUUCGAGCGUGGUUGGAAGGUCAACCUGCCCGAGAAGCCUGAGGGCACCACUGAAGAGGCUGCUAUGCUUUCUGAUGAAUACUACAUUGCCGCUGCCGCCAAGCGUCGUGGUCUCGGACUUGUCAAGUUCAUUGGUGAGCUUUACAAGCUCGGCAUGCUUACUGAGCGUAUCAUGCACGAGUGUGUCAAGAAGCUUGUCGACUACGAGGGUAUUCCUGAUGAGGCUGAGGUUGAGAGUUUGACCUCUCUCCUCCGCACCAUCGGUGCCAGUCUCGAUGCUUCUGAGAAGGGCCCCGCCAUGAUGGAUGCUUACUUCGCCCGCAUCCACCUCAUGAUUGAGACUCCCGGCCUGCCUAGUCGUCUCCGCUUCAUGCUUCUUGAUAUCAUUGAUCUGCGUGCCGCCCGCUGGAACUCCAAGGAGGCCGAUAAGGGUCCGCAGACCAUCGUCGAGAUCCGUGAGGCCGCUGCCCGUGCUGCCCAGGCCGCAGAGGCCGAGCGCCAACGCCAGAGUAGCAACCGCGGAAACGGUGGCCGCAUGCCCAUGGGCCGCGGUGACGCCCGUGGCUUCGGAUACGGCAACCAGGCCCCUCCUCCCGACUAUGCCUCUAGCAAGGUUGGCAGCGACGAUCUCCGCCGCCUCCGCGCGACCCGCAACACCAAUCAGCCGAUGUCUUUCGGCCCAUCCAGCCUUCUUGGCUCGCGCACCAACAGCGGCCGCAAGAACCUCGGUCCUGGCGGCAACCUAGUCCGCGGCAGUGACGAUAGCGCCGCCAGCUCACGCAACGGCACUCCUCCUACCAGCAAAAAGGACGACGCCUCCAUGAAUGCUUUCAGUGCGCUUGCCGCCCUCGAAGACAGGGACAACAUGGCGACUUCACCCCCAUCGAACCCCACGUCCCCGAUGCUCACCAAGUCGCAGCCCGCAGCCGAACGUCGCCCCUCAAAAACCCCGUCUGUCAAGGAUGGCGAAUCCACAGCAUAG